CAGUAGCAGGAUAACUAAACGAAAAUAAAUGAAUGAAUGAAUGAACAAGAGUAAGUAAAGGGGCGGGUUGCCGCUGAAGACUUUCCCAAACCCAAACUAACCCUUCUAAUCCAAGGCUGUGAAGGGAGCUGCUAGCCGCCACCAGCCGCCAUGUCUGGAGGGAUCGCGCGCGGCCGCCUCGCCGAGGAGCGCAAGGCCUGGCGCAAGAAUCACCCCCACGGUUUCGUGGCGAGGCCGGAGUCGCUGACCGACGGGUCCGUGAACCUCAUGGUCUGGAACUGUACCAUCCCCGGCAAGCACGGGACCGAUUGGGAAGGUGGGUACUACCCACUUACCCUUCAUUUCAGUGAAGAUUACCCAAGCAAACCUCCCAAAUGCAAGUUUCCACAGGGUUUUUUCCAUCCAAAUGUUUAUCCAUCAGGAACAGUCUGCCUCUCAAUUCUGAACGAGGAUAGCGAUUGGAGACCUGCUAUCACUGUUAAGCAGAUUCUAGUUGGAAUACAGGACUUGCUUGAUCAGCCCAAUCCAGCUGAUCCUGCUCAGACUGAUGGUUAUCACCUAUUCAUCCAGGAUCCUGCAGAAUAUAAGCGACGUGUUCGUCUGCAGGCCAAGCAAUAUCCUGCUCUGGUCUGAGGAUGUUGGCAUACUAGAGAUCCAUGAUCCAUCCUGCAAAUCUGCAUGGUAGUUGCAAAAUGUAUCGUCUCAAUUUGGAUUAGACAGGAUACAAGUUAUCUGGCGGAUUGCCCAGUGUAAACCUGAACCUUUUAUGAUGUGUGGUGUCCGGUAUUGGCAGCAAAAAACAAUUCGUUUACUGCUGUAAGUGCUGCAGCCACUGAUAUUUUGUCUAUUUAACUUGACUGUUUGUGUGUUGGUAGUCUAUCUUGAAGACAAAUGUUUAUCAAGAAAGUUAUAUGCUUAGAAGAUGUAUUAUGUAUAUAACUUUUAGCUUUUUUGCCCC